AUGCUCUCCCUCCGCAACCGCGUCCAACAUGCCUCCUUGCCGCACAUAUUCCACAAAACUCCCCUUGCAAUUCUCGCCGACAACCUCGAGCAGAUUCUCAAGGCCCAAUGCAAAGGUCCCCGGCCCACUCCCUCCGUAAAAUACCCCCUCGACAACAACAAACUUCCAAGGUCGAAGAGAUAUCGCUAUCCCAAUGCAACACCACCAGUGCGGAGGAAGGAUAUGGUUCGGAAGGACGGGUAUAUGAGCAUCAGUCGCCUGCUGCAACAUCCUAGCCUGAGGCGCUAUGGCUUUCGCGAGCUGUUCGAUGCGACGCGGUUUGACCCUGAGAGACGGUUUCAAAUCGUUUAUGAACCUGAUUCUAUUGGGAGCCUGGAUGCUGGCGCGUAUGGAACCUAUCACAGUGGGUCGAAUGGCUUGGGAGUUACGGUCGACGGGGCAGGAGAAGGCGGGGUCUCGAGUUCUGCUAGUGGGAGUAUUGGGAUUUCAGAGGGAGUCGACACAGGGUCUACGGUUCCCGAGAUGUGGUGGAUUCGACUGAGGCGGGGCUACUAUCAAGAAUUCGAUAUGCGCCUGAAGAGGAUAACGCAUCCGCAAGAAGUCAAUGUUGCUAUCCAUGUCACGACACCUGAAGCUUGGGAGGACAUUAAAAGAGUCGGGUUAACGCGCCAAUCAUUCCCUUACAUUCAAUUCCACUGUGGCAUCCCCGGUGCAGAAACCCUCAACCUCCCAGAUACAACGGGAUGGACGUCCUCGCCUUACUCAUCCGCCCUUCACGAACCCAUGUUGGCCAGCGGAUUCUACACGAAAGAAGUCCUGGAAAAGAUAAAAUGGGUCCAACGGAUAGAGAGGAAACAGAGAAUGGAUCAGAAAUGGAGGAAGCAGGAAUUGGAAGCGCCAGAUCCGACGAAAGCGUUUUCAUGGCCUUCAUUCUGGUCGGCGUCCUCUACCGCAAAAUCUAGCCCUCCCUCGUCAUCCCCCUCGUCCUCGUCACCCAGCCCAUGCCAGUCCACUUCCUCACCACCAAUACCAACGCCAGCGCCAUCGCCCUCACCUCAACCCCCACCGACACACAAAGUCCUAAUCUUCCUCAAUUUCAGAGACGCCCUCCGCAGUGGGAUCAAAUUCUACCAGUCCAAACAGGACAAACGCGUGCUUCUAACACCGGGAGACGAGAAUGGGUGUAUACCGCCCUGGUUGUUCAGGAGAGUGCACAAAGUCCAAAUAGCGAGGCAGAGGGUGUUGGCUCGUCCGAGUGGAAGUUCGUCGGAAGGAGUUGGUGGCCGUGGGUCAGCUUCGACCUGGGGAGAAGCGAAAUCCUUGGAAGUGCAAGGUGCAAGUGCUACAGUUACCGGUGUAAAUGAAGCGGACUCGACGGCCCGGGCUGCUUCUGAUUCUCCCGAACACAGCGACCAGACAAAACCUAACCGCGAACAGUUGAGACCGACCCCUGCCGCAGACACCCAGCCCCCUCAUCGAUCGGAGUUAGUCGACGUGGAUGUGGAGGUUUCCCGUGAAGAGAUAGAAUUCGACCGCUCUGUCCCACCGGGCAAAGUGGAGGUCACGGAGACAGUGUAUGAACAUGAAGAGCUCGCACCGAUAGUCGAAAUUGAGGACGAGUUUGAGACGGAGAAGAAGGACGCAGAGGAGAGGGUGCCAAGAGACGAAGACGAAGGUUGGGAUGAGCAAAACCCCAGGAGCGAGGUGGCGGGGCGCGGAAGUGAAGGGGACAAGGAUGGGGCAGUUUGGAAGGAAGUUUCUGAAGGCCAGAAUGUCAAGGAAGGAGAUGGGGAGAUGGGCGUUCACAGAGACGACGGAGCGGGCGAGGUGGCAAGCAGAAGAUAG